GGCAUACGCAGGUCCAGUUUACUUCAACAAUGUCGCCCCCAAUAUUAGGACUUGCGAGAUGCGAGUUCUUCGGGCCCACGAGUCCGGGGCGACAUGAUACGCCCAAAGUUUGGCCGCCGGCUUCAAGAUCAUCCGAGUGUCCGCGCAAGUUCGUCCGGCAGCCUUCUAUUGAACACUUUGCUUCAUCUCUUUUCCUGAACCCCGAGUCUAUAUAUAUUGUCGGCCGUCCUGGACAGGCAGAGAUACCAUCGGGCAUCCAAUCGCGCAUAUUUCAGGCCUUCCAGCGCCUUCUAACUCUGAAUUUGACGCUCGUAGAAGGAAAAGCAAAAUCAAGCACUCAAAAUGGUAUCCCUCGAUAUCACACCUGAGUAUGGCUACGUCCUCCUCGCCGCAGUCUCCACCUUCGCCGUUGGCACCUGGCACGGUAUGCGCGUCGGUUCCUUCCGCAAGCAGGCCAAAAUCCCGUACCCCUACGAAUACGCGUCCUACGAACAAGUCUCCACCGCCUCCCCUUCCAGAGCGAAGGACAUGACGCUCUUUAACAGCGCACAGCGCGCCCACCAGAACUUCAACGAGAACCAUCCGACCGCUGUUGGCGCUAUGUUGAUUGCGGGAAUAAAAUAUCCAACGGCUGCGGCGGUUCUCGGGGCCGUAUGGGCGGUGAAUAGGGUUGUCUAUGCGAUCGGGUAUACGAAUGGGGCGGAGGGCGGGAAGGGGAGAUAUUAUGGUUUGUUAUGGAUGUUGGCGCAUUACGCGCUGAUUGGGUAUGCUGGGACAAGUGCUUGGAAGAUUGCGCAGAUUUGAAGGAGACAUAACUACGUGGAAGUUCACUUAGGGAAUUGGACGGACAAAACUUAUGAGGGGUAAGAUUUCGGACACGAAUCUUAUGUCAAUUGUACAACAGUUU